ACUUCUUUUUACAGCAAAAUUCGUCAGGAGGCCAUUGGUAGAGGGAUAAGUGGCCUUCCAUUAGAUGGAAUACUGAAAUACUUAGCUGACAUCGCCUACGUGCAUAAGGGGAAUGUGGAGAAGCAUAUUCGAAGUGGAUCUCUCCAACAGUGGGCCAAAGACAAAUUCUGCCAUAAGGAUUCAAGUGGUGCUCAAAGCCAAGCCAAACCAAAAAGUCAGACUACUUUGACUCAAUGCGUUACAGAAUCCGCAAAGAGGAAUUACACCCGCCUUUUCAACACAGUGUUUUCACUGGUUAUGGCAGAAAAGCCAUUUGCAGAUUUCCCAUUUGCGAUUAAGAUGCAAAAAAGAGAAAUGGCUUGGAAUUUUUGCCAGGCAAUGAUCAUGAACAUUCUGGUUCCAUAUUUGUCCACUUGUUGGCAGAAGCUUUGA